AUGGUGCGGGAUGAGGGCGAAGAAGACCGCAAGUACAUGAGAGUAGCUCUGGAUGAGGCCAGGAAGGGCUUAGGCAAGACACACCCCAACCCCUGUGUUGGAUGCGUGUUAGUCAAGGGAGGACGUGUUGUCGGCAAGGGCUAUCAUCCCAGGGCUGGCAUGCCGCAUGCCGAGGUGUAUGCGCUCUACAUGGCGGGGAAAGAGGCUGCAGGAGCGACAGCUUAUGUCACUCUUGAACCAUGCAAUCACUAUGGCAGAACCCCCCCGUGCAGCCUUGCACUGGUAAAUGCAAAGGUCGGUCGAGUCGUUGUUGGCAUGGCAGAUCCGAAUCCCCUCGUGAACAACAGUGGCGUGGAGACGUUGCUGAGGAAUGGGGUAACUGGAGAAAAGAACGAACGAAUUCAUCUAACAGCUGUGCACUAG